ACCGAUCUUUCCCUCUCUCUCUUUUCGCUCUUUGGUUGUAUUAGCUCCGAGGGUGCAGCGUGUGGUAUCGGGCCGUUAUCCGGGGGGAGAUUCGCCAGCCUGUUCGUAAAGUUAGCCCGACCAAACAUCUACAGCCUGAGAGCAGGGGAACGGCCAGUGCUGGGGCAUCGAGGAAUGAAGUGGAACUUUUCUGGCGGUCCGUGAUUGCGCGUGGUGGCGAUUCGAGGCAAAUCAUCUCCCUUGAACCUUUGCGAACGAGGGCGGAGAGGGGGGUCGGAGUGAGUGGACCCCUCAAUCAGGACAAUGUGUAUUUCCCAAACAGUUUAGAGUAUUCGUGAGGUUACGCAAAUGUGGAGGCAGCAAAAUUACCGUAAUCAAUUGAAGCGGCGAGCAUGCGUCCGUCCACAGCUCUGAUUACCCAGAGAUCAGCCUGAUGUGAAUGUUACAAGGAGAGGAGUUGUUAAAUUGCUGUUGAAUUUGGGUGAGAAGUCUAUGAUCAUUGGGCAAGUGAUUCUGCACAGAGAUAAUAGGGCAGAUCAGUGGACCGGGCAAGUGCUGGUGACACAUUAGCUAUCUGACUUCGACUCCAAGCUGCUGUUUUACAGAAAGACCAAACCUAUAUUACCCAGAAUAAGCAGUGUGUGUCCAUACCCGAAUAGUUAUUUCUUCCCAACAAGGAGAAAAAGAAGGUGAAAUCGUCGUAGAGGAUAAGAGACUAUGGAAGUCCGCUACAGCCAAGACUCAGAGUCCGGAAUGUUGCUGAAGAAUGGACUAAAAGAGGGGAAAGAGGUAAAGGAUUCCCAGGGGAACAUUUCAAAAACGUUCCUGAAGGACCAGCAGGAGUCCUUCUCUCCAUCCGGACCGGUGGAAAACUGCGAAAAGAGCCGGACGAGCUCAGGAGAUCCUGAUUACUGCCGGAGGAUUCUAGUUCGGGAUGCCAAAGGUUCAAUUCGAGAGAUUAUUCUCCCCAAGGGAUUGGAUCUAGACCGACCAAAGCGUACUAGGACCUCGUUCACAGCAGAACAGCUGUACAGACUGGAGAUGGAGUUUCAGCGGUGCCAGUAUGUUGUGGGACGAGAACGAACCGAACUUGCUCGACAACUUAACCUGUCUGAAACUCAGGUAAAGGUGUGGUUCCAGAAUCGUCGCACUAAGCAGAAGAAGGAUCAGGGGAAGGAUUCCGAGCUGCGCUCCGUAGUCUCUGAGACAGCUGCCACCUGCAGCGUCCUGCGUCUCCUGGAGCAGGGCCGGCUCCUCACUCCCCCAGGCCUGCCAGGGCUGCUGCCCCACUGCGGGAGCUCGUCACUAGGCUCAGCCCUGCGUGGGCCGUCCCUGGGCAUCACCGCUAAUGGAGGUUCCUCCAGCAGCAGUAGCAGCAGCGCGGCCAGCUCAGGCACAGCUGGGGGGAGCCCGCCGCUGCCGACGGUGACCAGUUCGGGGACAGUCACAGGGCUGCAGGGAUCUCCGCCUGCCCAUGGGCUGUUUAGCUUCCCUGUGCCCUCUCUGCUCGGGUCGGUCGCUUCACGCAUCUCCUCCACCCCGCUUGGCAUGGCCGGAUCCCUCGCGGGGAACUUGCAGGAACUUUCCGCCCGCUACCUGAGCUCGUCCGCCUUUGAGCCCUACUCGCGGACCAAUGGCAAAGAAGCGUUAGACAAGAAAGUUUUGGAAUGAUCGCUAGGGGUUUCUUUUUGUCUGUUUAUUGUUGUUGUUGUUGUUGUUGUUGUUGUUUUGAAAUUAGUUUGAGCUCUGGUUAUCUCUCUUUUUUUAAUCGCUUUUGCCCCUUUUGUCUCAUCAGUGCUGUUGUGUUUCCAAUCUUGCGUUUUUCAUGUCGUCAACCUGCACACUUGAUGCCUCUCAGAAUUGCAAAAAGGUGGACUCAUACUUUUCAAAAAUGAGGAUUUUCAGAGCAUUUUGCACUAAAUCAAAUUUUCUCCAAUUUGACACAAAUGAGAGCUUGAGGAAGGAAUGUAGCAAGAGAUUAUGGAGGGGAAGAGAGAUGAAAAUGGUUGCUGAGGCAAUAUUUUCGGGGCACUUUUUUUCCCUUAUACCUUUUUUGGAGCUGGACAGUUAUAUUCAGAUUAAAAACUAAUCUGAAAGCUGCUGGGUAAAAACAAAACAGUACAGAACAUAGACCCCCGAUAAAAACUGAAGUCACGGCAACAUCCUUCAUGUUUUCAGUUCGAAGAGUGAUCUAAAUGUGUGAUUUUUGCAUAGUGGUGUUUGCCAAGUCUCAAAUAAUGAAAUAUAUAUUAUGCUGGGGUUCAUUUCCAAAGGUUAGCAUACAAUACAGUCAUACUGUGUCUUUAUAUACACUAUUUGCUUACAGAGGUCAUGAAUUUGCCAUAUGAAGCUAUAAGAUCAGAUGUCUAUACCAUUUUGUAUUGGUUUGGUUAAACAUGUUCUGACUAAAUGGAAGGAAAACGCUGUCACACCGUUAAAUAGUCAAAUGGUCCUGUGUUCAUUGUUCUCUAAAUGGUUUCUGUGAGGGUGCUCCCCAAAACAAGUUUUGAAGGCAGUCUCAAUUUGUGAGUUUGUAUGUCUUAAAUAUGCAGUUUUUCUCCUCUGUGUGUGUGUGUGUGUGUGUGUGUGUGUGUGUGUGUGUGCGUGCGUGUGUGUGUGCUGGUACUGAAGUUGUAGUCCUGGUUUCAAUGUUUAGGUGCAUGUUUAACUGAAACCUUUCGAGAAAACUUUGGAGAUGUCAUUGCCUGGGAUUAAGCUCUGGAGCAUCGAAGUGACCCUCACAUUAUCAGACUAAAUGUAUUUGCUAUGAACGGCAACCCCUCUACCAACGCGGCAAAUUUUCCAGAAGAAUCUGAAGCCCUUUUUAUUAUCAGAGCUGAGACGAGGCAGAUCUCUGAGGGACGAACAGGGUAUGAUUACUGUAGUAUAAAAGCAAGAAGAUUGAAUAACUGAAGUUGUUAUUUUAUUGUAAAUUAUUCGCGUCUGUAAUAAAUAGAUAAUUAGUAUAUCUGCAAAUAAUGAAAGAAUGAAUGUAUGGGGGGGUGGGUCUGGUGGUGUUGUUGUUAAAUAUCUUGAAGUUUGUGAACCGUGGUAUG